GAAUUCGAACCAACAUUAAAUGGGAUAUCACUAAACAUGCAGUCGAGAGAAUUAUUAAUUGUUAUUGGUCCUGUUGGAUCAGGGAAGUCGUCUUUACUAAUGUCCGUGUUGGGAGAGAUUCCAAUUACUUCCGGUAAAGUGUCCGUGAAAGGAAAGAUUUCGUAUGCUUCUCAAGAAGCUUGGGUAUUCAACGCAACUAUCAGGGAAAACAUCUUGUUUGGAGAAGAAUAUCAAGAAGACAAAUAUAGAAAAAUCUUGCAUAUAACGGCAUUAAAAAAGGAUAUUAGCUUAUUUCCUAAAGGAGAUCUGACAAUCGUAGGAGAAAAAGGAGUGAUAAUGAGCGGUGGGCAGAAGGCAAGAAUUAAUUUAGCAAGAACGCUAUAUGUCGAUGCCGAUAUUUUCCUCCUGGAUGAUCCACUGAGUGCUGUCGAUGUUCCAGUGGCAAAACAUAUCUUCGAAAAGUGUAUAAUGGAAUAUUUGAAAGACAAGAUAUGCAUUUUAGUUACGCAUCAAAUACAAUUUUUAAACUCUGCGUGUAGAAUUUUAGCGUUAAAGAAGGGAAAAUGUGAAUUUAUUGGAAAUUUUAAACAAUUGGAAAAUUUACAAAUGAAUACAGGAAUAUUACCAAAGGAAAAAGUCUCUGAAAACAUUGAUAUAGAGAGUGCGGUUUUUAAUGAUGAUGAUAAUGAAAUUAGAAGUUUUCAAUGUGAUACGAAUGAUGAUAUUAAAGACAGAAACAAGAGUAAUGAGGAAACGGAAAAAAACCAAAGUCCACGGGACAAUGAAGGAGUUAAGAAACCAGGAAUUUCAGUUUAUAAAUCAUACGUGAAUGCCGGAGCGGGACUUUUCUUCAAGAUUGUUAUUUUAUCCACGCUAAUUAUAUCGCAAUCUUUUACAACUGCCAGCGACUAUUGGCUAAUCAAA